AUGACCGACAACCAGGCUUCAACCCCAGAGUCAACCAGCCAAGGCCGCGGCGGGCGUCGUCGCGGCCGCGGAGGGGGAGCUCCCUCCGGCCGUGGAGAUUCACAACAAAAUAUCGGCGAUAGAGAAAAACGCCCUAAGCCUCGCACCCGCGGCGGUGGUCGUGGCGGCGGUGGCGGCGGCGAUGCAGGCCGACAAGCUCGCAAUACCGAUCAGACCAACAACAAUCACGAUGCUCAGCCUUUGAAGGCCACGACGCCGGCAACGAAACAACCGGUAGAAGCGGCCACGGAUGAUGCAGACGAUGGAGAAGUCUGCUUUAUCUGCGCUUCUGCCGUCGAACAUUUUUCAGUCUCCCCCUAUGAUCCGGUGCGGCGAUAUGAGGAGUUUAACAAGAAGGAUUUUGCUCGGAAGGACAAUAAUCUUGGCAUCGAAUAUGAGAGUGAUGAGAUCUUCGGAGAUACAGUGCUGCUGCUGCGAUACAACUGUCCGGACGAGGGCUGCGAUGUUGCUUGUUUGGGGUGGCCAGACUUGCACCGCCAUGUAAAGAGUAAGCACAGCAAAGUUAUGUGUGAUCUUUGUACUCGUAACAAGAAGGUCUUUACCCAUGAGCAUGAACUAUUCACUAUGGCGGAACUGCGUAAGCACGAAAAGUCUGGCGACGACAAACCUGGAGCUAUAGACCAGAGUGGCUUCAAGGGACACCCCGAGUGUGGCUUUUGUCGCCAACGGUUCUAUGGCGACGACGAACUUUACACUCAUUGCCGUGAUAAACAUGAACGUUGCCACAUCUGUGACCGACGCUCCUCCCACCGUCAACAACAGUACUAUAUUGACUACAACGCACUGGAGAAUCACUUUCAUAAGGAUCAUUUCGCUUGUCUGGAUACAGAAUGUUUGGAAAAAAAGUUUGUCGUUUUCGAGUCACAAAUGGACCUGAAAGCUCACCAAAUCGAGGCACAUCCCGAAGGCCUUUCUAAGGAUGUUCGACGAGAUGCGAGAAUGGUUGAUCUAGCUGAAUUUGAUAACAUGCGCACUCCUUACCAACAGCAACGCCAGCGUCGCGGCGCCGGUCGAGGCCGCGACCCCAACGCCGAGCCACUGCCAGUCUCCAGUGCACAGCCAAUGACACGUGCCGAAGUUGCAUACCAGCGUCAAAUAGCUAUACAGAGUUCGCAGUCGAUAUCGACACGAAACUUUGGCGGCCAACUGACCCGAGAUGACGUGCAACCUGUGCGUGCUCCAGAGCGAUCCGUCGCUGCCACGCCAGUGCAGUCUGGCCCCGCAUCGCGUUCUCAGGCUAUUCCUGCUGCAUCAUUCGAAGGCUUGAAUAUUUCUGCCAACUCUGCAACAGCUACCUUGCAAGACCAGACCCGCAGAAUGCGCCACGAAGCUGUGAUUGAACGUGCUUCGAACCUCCUCCGCAAUGAUGCCACCAAACUCGCCGAAUUCCGUAGUCGAGUAUCAAACUACCGCGCUUCUUCUAUCUCGGCAACUGAGCUCAUUGAUGCGUUUUUCUCAUUAUUCGACACAUCCAGCGCUGAGCUAGGCAAGCUCAUCAAGGAGCUCGCUGAGAUUUACGAGGAUGAAUCCAAACGCUCCGAUCUCCUGCGAGCCUGGAAUGACUGGCGUGCUAUCAAUGAGGAUUAUCCAGCCCUUCCAGCUGGCGGCCUCUUAUCUGGCAUGUCAACAGGCGCUGUGAACGCUGCCGGCAAUCGCGUCCUACGUUUGAAAUCAUCAACUGCCAAAUCUUCCCGCUCCGCCGUGGGCAGAAGCGGCGCUCUCCCAAACGCCCCCUCUAACCCCUUCCCUCCUCUCUCUGCCGCGGCAGGCCCAUCCUCUCGCCGUGGAAAGGCUUCCGCUGCUACCCCUUGGGCAACAGCAGCCCCUCCAUCUUUCCCCCGUCCUGCGAUGCCUAGCCCGGUCAGCCGGCCAUCAUCUACAGCACCAUCCCCCAGCCGCACGCCCGCCGCACCCGCAUCCAACGGCGCUGAUUCUUUCCCUGCUCUUCCGGCAGCGGCCAAGCCCAGUGUUCUCAUGGCUGGCAAGACUCGUGGCACCGUCCGUUGGAAUGAUAACCGCGGCCCUGCCCCGAACGCAUGGGGCUCAGCCUCGAAUUCAGGAACCGCUUCUCCGGCGGAACCCAGCAAUGACGACUCAAGUUGUGGCAAGAAAGGAAAGAAGAACAAGGGGAAGCAAACCCUGUUCCACUUUGGUUGA